CCGUUCAAAUCUGUGCCGGUCGCCUGGUCACUAGAAUGAGUGCCCUACUCUGACUUGGUGGAGAAGGGAGAGGGAGGGGGUUGUUGACGUCGAGAGCGCGCAAGAGCUCGUUACAGAAGAGGAGCUUUGCAAAGAUGAAUUAGAUGCUAAGUCUUGACGCAAUUUAAAUGUCGUUUGUUUUUAUAUGCCAACUUAACAUUAAAUCAACUUUGUUUUCGUCUCGUUCGAUAAGUGUCGUCUUAAACAGGUGCUGCGUUUGGACUGCUAUCAUCAUUGCCUAAAUGACGAAGGGGACAUGCUCUUGCUGGCACCAACUAGGUCAAUUAAUGUUGAAAUAGGAUACUUUUCACGCUGCCUCGCCGGAUUGAUGGGAUGCUAAAUCAGUACUUCAAUUCAAUUCUGUUAAUACAUCAUUUAUGCCCAAAUGAUUUUUGCUCACAUAAGAUGGAUUCGCAGUUUUGAUUGAUGGAACCGUGCAAGUAAAAGGAUUUGGGAGCACGGUCGGUGCAUUUCAACGCUACUUGUAAAUUCGUAUUCGUUUUUUGAGUCUUUACAAUGAAAACUUAAAGACAUAAUUUGCAUUGGGGUUGUCGUGGUAUUUGUGCAUUGUGUUUUUGCGGGAGAAGAGACUGUAAAUCUUCUGCCAGAUAUGUGUUGGUCGAACAACACUGUGCUGAAAUACAGGAAUACAGACCUACUGUAGAGCCUUAAAAUGUAUGCUGGACGGAAACGAAGAAAACCGGUCCAAAGAGCGGUAAAACAGCCGCCGGUGGAGGGUGUGAAAUCCAACCCAUCCAAGCGGCACAGAGACCGGCUGAACUCCGAGUUGGAUCGUCUGGCCAGCCUACUGCCAUUCCCCGAAGAAGUCACCUCCAGCCUGGAUAAGCUCUCGAUUCUACGCCUCAGCGUCUCCUACCUGCGGGCCAAGAACUUCUUCAGUGUUGCUCUGAAGAACCACAAUUGCAAAGGUCUGACAGGCAACAGCAGUAGCCAUGACAACAACAAGCCAACGGGUCUUACGGACAGAUGGAUACCAGAGGGGGAAUUACUACUCCAGGCUCUCAAUGGGUUUGUGUUGGUCACCACAGCAGAGGGGAUUAUUUUCUACUCCUCACACACAAUUCAAGACUACCUGGGCUUCCAUCAGACGGACGUCAUGCACCAGAGUGUGUUUGAGCUCAUCCACACAGAAGACCAGCAGGAGUUCAGGAGGAACCUGCACUGGGCCCUCAACCCACCGGACACUGCCCCUCCUGACCACUCGCCACCCGAUGGGGAACCGGUCAGCAACAUGUCUCUGGUCACCUACAACCCAGACCAGCUUCCCCCGGAAAAUUCCUCCUUCCUGGAGAGAAGCUUCGUGUGUCGCUUCCGCUGUCUCCUGGACAACUCCUCAGGCUUCCUGGCGCUGAACCUUCAGGGUCGUCUAAAGUUCCUCCACGGGCAGAACCGUCGCCUGGACGAUGGGUGCCAGGUGCCCCCUCAGCUGGCACUGUUCGCCAUAGCAACACCUCUCCAGCCACCCUCCAUCAUGGAGAUCCGCACCAAGAACAUGAUCUUUAGGACCAAGCACAAGCUGGACUUCACCCCCAUGGCCUGCGACGCAAAGGGCAAGAUUGUCCUGGGUUACACAGAGGCCGAGCUGAGGGUUCGGGGGUCAGGAUACCAGUUCAUCCACGCUGCGGACAUGCUGUACUGCGCUGAAAACCAUGUUCGCAUGAUUAAGACCGGGGAGAGUGGCCUGACCGUAUUCCGCCUGCUCACCAAGGAGAACCGCUGGAAGUGGGUGCAGGCCAACGCACGGCUCGUCUACAAGAACGGCAAGCCCGACUACAUCAUCGCCACCCAGAGGCCGCUGGUUGACGAAGAGGGUGGGGAACACCUGAGGAAGCGGUCGAUGCACCUGCCCUUCACCUUCGCGACAGGUGAGGCACUGCUUUACCAGACCAGCUAUCCCAUCCCCGGUUUCCCCGACAACGCCCACGGCAAAGGAAAGAACAGCAAGGCCAAGAAGACCAAGGCUGACGGCAGCAAGAGCUCCAAGGACGAGGUGGACCCCAGCUCCCUGCUGGGGGCGCUGAUGAGACAGGACGAGUCAGUGUACGUGUGCCAGCCCGCCGUGGAGCCAAAGAUGGGCCACCACCACCGCAGCUUCUUCGCCGACCAGGAAGAGCCAGGGAGCGGCGGCGGUGGAGGAGGAGGGUUCGGCUCGAUGGCGGUGCCCGGUGACGGAUGGGGCGCGGCCGUGCCGAACGGCUUCCCGUUUGGCGGCGGGUCCAAGAGCGAGCCGUCGAGUUUUGACCCGCUGCUGGCCACGCUGGACUCGCUGUCGCUGGAGAGCGAGGAGACGUGCUCGAACAGCGAGCUGUUCAGCGCGCUGGAGAACCUGGGCCUCAACGCCGAGGACCUGGAGCUGCUGCUGCUGGACGAGCGCAUGAUCCGCGUGGAGAUGGAGCCCGACUACAUCCCCUCGCUCAACGACCUGCUCACCAACAACGAGAUCCUGUCCUACAUCCACGACUCGCUCGAGAGCGGCGCGCGCACGGACGCCGCCGACGCGGUGUACCGGCCACACAGGCCACCAGCGCCCCCUAUAGUCCAGCUCUCACAGCAGAUGCACCAGCAUCUCAGUGGGCAGGCUGGCGCCCCGGUGACCUGGGUGCAGGGCUCCCCCUCGGACAUCCCCCCCAUGCCCAGGGUGCCCUUUACCCCGCACAUGAACUCGGCGGUGUCGGCAGUGCCCAACGGUCACUGGGUCCCCCAGCCUGAGCCCGUCGCCGCUGGCUUGGAUGACCGCUGUCGUCUCCAGCAACCGACGCUAGGCGUCCAGCUAACACCGUCGACAACAACGACGACAAUGACGACGGGCAUCCACCCAAACUCCAGGGCACAGGAGGCCUGGCAGCAGCGCCACCUGCUGGCCCAGCUGCAGCAAGCCCAUGUCCAGCACCACUUCAAACCCCCACGGUUAGAGGAUGGCACCACCGCCCCCUCCUCUUCCUCCUCCUCCUCGUCCUCCUCUGUUAACGGGCUCUACCCGACCCCGGAGCCCCAGUGGCAGGCCUACAACUGUGCCAGCCAGGUGGAGCUCGUCUCUGACGGACCCUGCUUCCCCAACGGGCACACGUCCCACGCGCAGAAUGCCCGCGGAGGGGUGCCACACAUGGAUUACAGUAUGACAGAGGACACGGACAUGGACUACCCUCUGAACAGCCGCGUUCCCGCGGGCGGCCCGAUGAUCCCGUCGGCCCUGGCGUCGGCCUAUCCGUCGGGCCUCCAGAAAGCCGAGCUCCAGCAUCAGACUCCUCUUCAGCAGCCAAAGGCUCCCCUGACCCCCCACCCCCACCCUUGCUACCCCCAGCACCAGGCUCACCACGCAUCCCUGGAGCAGCUCCUGGGCCUGGGGCAGAACCGGAACCAGCACCCGUCUCACCUGGACGCCUACGGCAUGAUCAGGACGCACAGUGUCCCCCUGGACACCACGCGAUGCUCCAAGAUGGAAACUGCCUGCAUUCUGAACAGCACGAGUGUGGCUUACACUAGCGCUUGCCUGGUUCCUAACGGGACCGCGGUGGGCCCCAACGACAGUCCACACCCGCACUCUGGCCCCGAGACCCUGCCCAGCCUCCCCGACUCACAAUCCACCGGGUUCUACCUCUGAGAGUGUACGGUAUGGACCAGACUCGCCAUCGCCAGUCAGCUAGGUCUGCCAUCUGCAAAACUACACAGAACAGAGACAAGAAGAGGAGACAAUGAAAUGAACGGCUCUUAUUUGUUGUUUAGAUGUUUUUUUUGUUGUUGUUGUUUUUUUCAUUUGUGUGGUGGGAGGUGGGUCGGGGGGUAACUUUUUCUCAAGAUGCAUUUCUCCUUUUCUUGUGCAUGAUUUGUACUUUGAUACUGAGGAUAAGGUUUAUGAAAGUCACUGUGAUGUGCAGAGAGCAGGGCCCUGCACAAACAUCUCAACUUAAUUAUUUGUAUAAUUAGCCUCUCUGUGCAUCGUCAAACCGAAUUGGGUCCAUUAUCCUCGACCAAAAGAGUGUCAUUAGAUUAGUUUCCCACAGGCUCUGAAUGACUUUCCACAAUUACCUCCUCUAUUGAAAAACAAUCCUGAGAAAUAUGAAGUACAGCUUCUUAAAAUACAUCUCAGUGAAGGAUAUAUUUAUUUGACCUAUAGAAUAUGCCAUGACUAACUUUUGAUUUAGGGAAUUUUCUUACGGCUCUGCAGAGAAGGAGUUGACCAAGGUCUUGUGAAGUGUAAUGUCCUUGUCUCCACGGCGAUUCCGUGGAGACUUUUGAUGCAGUGUGUCCCGCUGGGACAGAUGAGACGACAACGUUGGGCGCGUUUGCAUGAACGGAAGACGACUCAGACUAAAGCAUUUCACUCUCAUCAAACUGAUUGUAUGAAAUCCUCCGUAUUUACUGUUUAAUAUUUGAAUAACAAAGUAAUAUAGCUGGGGUGGGCAUGGGGGGGGGCUCUUUUAAUUUAUUGAAAUGAGAGCUUAGAUGAGCUUCAUGAUGUAACGAAGGCUACUGUGAGAUUUGUGUUGUUGCCAUGCGUACAUCACCAGACGGGCCUUUACAGCUGUGUUGUAAAAUGACAGUAUUGCGUUGUCAAGCACUUGUCAUGUCAUAAACGUCAAAGCAUUUUUCUCUUCCUGACAACUACAGACUUCAAUCUCUAGUCCCCCCCCCCUUUCUGAAAAAAGAGCAAGAACUUGCAGUGCAUUGUGGGUCUGUCUCUCUCUAUUUCUCUCUAUCUCUAUCUCUAUCUCUCUCUCUCUCUCUCUCGAUUCGGCCCAGGCAUCUAUUCAGGUACUCGGUGUUGUGAGCGUGCUCAGUGCACAGGCCUGGUGGUCGAGUUCUCUUCAUGAGCACUCACUCAGAAAAAUAAGAAUAAAAAACCAAAUGUGAGAACUUGUCAUCUCCACAGAGAUUCAGUAGUUGUAACUGGAAGCUUACAUUGUUGAAUGUGUUGUGUAUAUUGUCGAGGAGUUCUAGAAAGAUCAUGUUUAACUUCAUCAAGGUGCUGACAGGUGAUUUUGAGUAAUGUUGUUCCUAGUUGUAGUAAAAUGUCACAACAAUUUAAUUUCCGUAUGGUCUCCUGUGUUUGUUUUUUAUAUGUACCUAUAAAUAAAAAAAUAAAAAUAUACUUUUCUUAUAUGAAGUUGCAUUCAUAUGAACCUUGAAAAAAAUAGAUAAAAAAUAUAUGUUCAAAAAAGCAAACAAACAACCAUUUCAAACAAAGUUUUAAAAUACCUGUGUGUAAAUAGUCAAAGGUGAUUUUUAUUACAUUUGUCAAAAGCACUAUUUUAAAGCACUGCUUCUUAACCAGCUUCUAUUCUGGCACGGGACCAUAGGCUUGUAGAAAGCUUUUUGAAUUCUUGUAUAAAUACCUUCAGUACUGUGUUUCAUUCUGUUUUGAGGAGUUUGACACUUUAGAUAGAAAGACUAUGGUGCCAUACAGUUGAGACUCACUUUCCAGAGGAACAUGUGUUAUGUUUAGAAAAUUACGUUUUGUCAAUGUCAAGUCUUUUUUUAAAUCACAUUGAAUUUAUUUUAAUAUUCUAACACACUGAAAGUUAUUGUAGAUGUAUGAAGGACAUACAUAUGCAGUUUUAUCUAUUUGUCUUUUGGCUGCUUGUUAAAAUGUACUCUUGGAUCCUGAAAAAUAAAGGAUUUGUGCAAACACAACCAACAA